UACUGUACUUCAUAACAUUUAUACUAUAUGACCAGUACUUCCAGUGCUAUAUAAAUCAUUCUUUUCUCCUUAUUAUUUGUAAAUACUGGGUUUGUAAAACCCCCCAACCUUAAUAAAGAGAAUAGAAAGAAUACAAAUAGGAGAAAGAACAGUUAAAAUGGUUAGAUGCGACAGUGUUCUUAGGUCAUUAGGCUCAGUUCUUGCUAAAGUAGAGACUUGUAAAAUCAAAAGGCACAAAGAGUCAGUCAACAUAAUUACUGGAUCCAGUCGGUAAUUCUCAAUAAGAAAACACACCUCUCCUGGGAAGGGCAUAUCACAGUCUCUCAGCACUAUCUCACAUGGGUGUGGUUUGAAAAAAGCACCUUCAAAAAAUUGUAAAUACAGCUCUGUUGUAUAAAAUGAAAGUGAUUUUAUAAUAUAACUCACAGGAUGUAAAACUCAAUAGACUCUUCUUGGCUGGUAAGGAAAUCCCAGAGAUACAGUGAUUUCUAUUGUGUUUGGUGACUGGGCAAUAAUAGGUCCCUUAAAAGGAACCCAGCUGACUUAGGGAUUUAAUGAAAAUAUGUAAAGGGUAAGUUUAUCAAGCGUGGCGUAUAUAUUUAAAAAAAAAAAAAAAAGAAGAUAGAAACGGAGGAUAAAAAAAACUAAAGAAUGAGAAAUUGCUCUAAAAGUCUAAGCAGUUUCUGACUACCACUUUGACACUACAGUUGUAUCCGCUUUUGACCAACUAUAGUUAUAGUACACAGCUUUCAAUCGAAAGACAUACAGGGUCUGGCAGGGCAUAUUUUAGCUCCUGUAUUAAAAGUAAUUCAGCCUCAGUUGUAAUUUAUUUAGGUUAUUUUGCUAAGACAGUACAAAUAUUUCUUAGUUAUAUAGGAAAGGAAUAGAUGAUGUUUUGAGUGAUAUUCAGUGUGUCCCACUUAACCCCAUCCUUUGGUAUCUGAAAUAGCUGCGUUGUUUUUGUUUGUGUUUUACAGUUUUUGAGACAGUGUCCUUGAGUUCAGAUUCUCUCUUCCAGAGGGCAGUUUCACUCCUCCAUACAUCUUACUUGGACUCUUCAUCUGAGCAUGGUUUUCAGUACAGUCAAGUGACUUUGGUGAAAAAUGACAUUUUCUUAAAUGAGUACAAAACUUUUUACCGACAAAAAAAAGCAAGUAACUAUACUCAGGAAGAACUUCAAGAUACUUACGGGUUUCUUCUGUUUGAUACAGAAAAGCAGGCAAAAUUGGUAUGUCAGCGUGGACUCCGUGUUGGCAGCAGUGCUGUUACCACUCUGGGUGAUCCAGCCAAAGGGAAAAGUCAAGUCUGUGUCUGAGAAUUAUACAACUAACUAUACUAAGCCAUCUUCUGGCUAUGAUUGCCACGUGUCUGAAAAUACUAACAAGGUUUCUAACAAGACGAGUCAUUUUCGUGCCUUUGAACUGAGUCAGUAUUACUUUUACGAACUUUCAGGCAACACUGUUAUUGAGCGACCCAGACAGAUCUGUCCUUAUGUAAUUGUAGCUUUUCAAUACAGGGAACCUAAAACUAUGGCACCACCAGUUCAUAAAAGCAUACUUGAACGCAGCGAAAAUGUUCUCAUGUCUCCGUGGAAAGGGCAAUUAAUUGUUCAAGACCGUAUGCUAUGUGAUAUAACUCUUUGGUCCACUUAUGGUGCAAUGAUUCCAACACAGCUACCACAAGAACUAGAUUUUAAAUAUGUAAUGAAAGUGUCUUCCUUGAAAAAAAGACUACCAGAGGCUGCCUUUAGAAAACAGAAUUACUUGGAGCGGAAAGUCUGUUUUCAAGAUUUGUCCUUCAAUUUGUAUGAGGUAGAACUGUCAAACAGACAAGGGGAAAAUAUAGAUAAAUUAACAGAAUAUAUUAAAAACAAGCAGUUGGCAAUCAUCAAAUGCUUAGAAGAUCGAGGGUUUUUCAUUUUACUUACAUCAUCAGCCUUACUAUCAGAACCAGAUUUUAAAAAUGGAGGCAAGCAGAUGGGUCUCCAUGGGUUACAUUUAUUUCAUUCACCUCUGUCAACAGGGGUAAAAGAUUUGAAAAUUGAAGAUGACAUCUCAAUGAAGCUGAUACCUAUUUUGCCUGCCCUUAAUUGUGCCCUGCUAGAAACAAAGAAAUCACUUCCUGAAGAAAGAAUCCAUCCAAACACAUUAGUAAAGCAUUUCCAAGAACUGUACAAGACGGACAGAAGCCCUUCAUUGACUGUUGCUCCUCAGGAUAGAAUGAAAGACCCUACAUUCUUAGGGAAACUGCCCAGUGGUUUUGACUUGAUUCCUCCAGCUGAAAAGUGCCCUUCAAAGUCUUUAACUCAGUUGAACUCUUAUUUUUCAGACCCCAGUGCUUACAUUUUGGAAGUGUCUACUGCUUUGGACUUGUUAGCAGAGCAUCCUCAGUCUCCUUGUGUUUCAGACGGAAUUUGUGAUGCUGGAUUUUCUUUAGUUAUGACUCCAGAUCCUGAAUUUCUUGGCUCAGAGGCAGAAGUAAGAAAAGAAACUGAAACAAAAAAGGAUUCUGAAGAAAUGUUGAAAGCAAAGAAGAGAGUUGUGGUUCCGUUGAGUCCAGCGUCAAAUCUGAGAGUGCAGCCUAAGAGGAAGGCCAGCAUGCCACAUGUGGUGCAGAGUAAAAAGGUGAACUUGUGCCACCCCUUUCCCAAAAGAACUGCUCCCAGAGCAGACAACAGCUCGAAAUCUCCAACAACUCUUAAGUUAGUUAAAGGGCAGUUUCCUCAGAAAAGAAAAAGAGGUGCGGAAGUGCUGACUGCACAGUUUGUACAGAAAACCAAAUUGGAUAGGAAAAACCAAGACGCUCCUAUUUCUAAAGAUGUUCCAGUGCCAACAAAUGCUAAAAGGGCAAGGAAACAAGAGAAAUCUCCAGUCAAAACUGUUCCAAGGGCUAAGCCACCUGUGAAGAAAUCUCCACAAAAACAGAGAGUAAAUAUAGUAAAAGGCAAUGAGAACCCCAGAAUCAGAAAGCAGCUACAACCUGUCAAAGGAGAAACCGCUUCCAAGCUUCAAUCAGAAAUUUCAAGAGAUGGUCAAGAAGAUGGGAUUAGCAUAAAUAGCGUUCAACCAGAAAAUACCACAGUGGCUCACAAUGAUCUUCCUGAAAACUCCAUUGUCAACUAUGACUCCCAGGCCCUGAAUAUGUUAGCCGAUCUAGCAUUAAGUUCUGCUACUUCUUCCACACCGGUAUCUGAGCCUAGAAAUCUUCACUGUUCCUCUGAAUUGCCACAAAAUGAUGUUUUGCUCUCUAAAGAAAAUUCUUUGCGAGGUACAUCUGACCAUGAAUAUCACAGAGGAGUUAAAAGUCAAAAAGGUGAAUUACUCCCUAACCCAUCUUCUGAUAGGAAGAGUAAUUCUGAGUCAGACUUAAUUGUUAGCCAAGAUGAAGAAAGCUUGGUUCCUUGUAGUCAGGCCCCUGCUAAAGCCCAGUCAGCACUUACUGAGGAAAUGCUGGAAUCUUCAGCUGCAAGUCAAAGUUCUUCUGUUUCUGUGGAACAUUCUUAUGCCCUGCUCCUUAGAGAACAUUCAAAGAAAAAUCUACAGGAGAGAGAGAUACCAAGCCCUGUGUUUCCCAAGAAUGGGACAAAAAGCCCUGAAGCAGUAACCCCAGUGGGGAAAGUCAUGCCAUUUCGGCAUCAGCCCGGUCUUUUGCUUCAGCAAAAGCCUCCUGACGAGCCCGUGGUGAAGCCCAAGGAUCGACCAGCGUCUUCCCGUGUGAAAAAAUGUUCUUGCUCUCGUAUAGUGUUUAGCUGUGAUGACUCCGUUAAGAUCACUUUCAAAUGUGAAACAGAAUAUGCAUUCAGCUUAGAUAGCAAAUAUACCAACAACCCACUGGAGAAAACUGUAGUAAGAGCAUUACAUGGGCCCUGGAAUACUGAUUUGCCUGAUAAUGUGGAAGAAGUGAAGCUUUUACUUCAUAUGUGGGUAGCUCUGUUUUACAGCAAUCAGAACAAAGUCAUACGAUCUUCCCGAAAGGUUGUAGAACACAGCAACCCAGCAAAAUAUGUGUCUAUAAAUAGCACGUUAGAAUCUUGUGAGCUCAGUGAAAUUGAGGAGUCCCUUGGUUUGGAAAGAUGUUCUGCAGACCCUCUCUUGGAGACUAACGAAAUUUCCAGGGCUCAUGCUGCUGAAGUGUCCUUCCGUGAUGCUAACUGCUUGCUUCCUUUCAUUAAAACACCACUUACCCAAGGCUUGGAACUCUGUGUACACAAUGAACAGAAAAAAACUUUUGCAAGAAAGUUUCAUCCAGACACCCUAGAAAACCAGGAUUUCGUCUGUUCUUACAAUGAUGAGGUAAUUGGGGAAGAAGCUAAACAAGAAUCAUUAGAUAAACUGGAGACUUCUAAUCUUGUGCUUUCUGGUAUUGGAAGUACACGAACUAAUGGACCCUCUGUUCCUAAUGAGGAAGAAAUUGUUCAGCCACUGGAUAGCACAAGAGUGGCUUCUUACAGUGGCACAGUUACUCAAACCACAUUCACCAGGACUUAUGAUGGGACUGGUAGUCAGCCAGUAAUAUGUCAGAGCUCUGUGUGUAGCACCCUUGAAAACAAAGUGGAUGUUCCUGAUGCAGCAAUGCAAACAAAAACAGGUACUUUACAGGACCUUAUCCAACAUGGCAGCCCCAUAAACAAUGAAUGUCACCCUUCCUUGGAAAGAAAGGAUGAUAAUAUGGAGUGUGCAGUGAUUAAUCCAGAACCAGUUACUCUCAUCUUUGAAAAAAAUGCACAUAUACCAUUACAGACAGAAGGUGUAAAUACAGCUGAUGAACCUACAACCUUUAAUAAGGAGUUGAUUAAGCAAGUAUCACCUGCUGCAAGCUUUAGACAUCCUGUAUCCACCUCGGAAAAGGCACAAACACAAGGCCUGAGGGACAUUCCCUCUCUAGUAGUUGCAGGACAGAAGGGCUCUAAGUACCUUUGUGCCUCCUCAUUAGGUAGAGAGACACUUGAUGAAGAAGUGUGUUCAUUACAGAAAGAGAUGCCUCUUCCAGUCUCAUUACCGUCUGAUAAAGCAAUGGUAAUGGAGGCAUUAUCAUUAGUUAAAAGUUCUAGUUAUGUAUUACCGAGUGAAGAAGUGAGGUGCACUCAGAAUUUCCUUUCACAGACUCAGAGUCUCCUCAGCCUGUCUUCAGAAGGGCUUGUAGAACCGACACAGGUUGAAGUGGACUCAUCAUCAGCCUCUACCGCCUUGGGAAAGCAGUGUUCGCUUAACUGCAUUUCAUCAGGAUGCCACACAUCAGGUGACUUUUUAGAACUGAGGAAGAAUGACAAGAAUGGUCCAAACACUGAAAACAUGAAUUUUGAAGAGUUUGAUUCAGUAUUUAUCAAACAAAGAAGGCUGUCUGUGAGUAGAGAGGUCAGCCUAGAGUUAUCAGAGGAAGAUUCUAACAUUGACUUAGCUCUAACAAUAUCACCACCUACAAGUCCCAGAGAAGAAAUGCCAGCUGGUGAAAUAGAGCAAUUUGAAGAGACCCCAUUUUCAAAUUUAGAACUUCAGGAUGUAGCUGAGGAAAUAGGUGAACCAGAAGAGGUGGCUCUCACAGAAAGCAGAGAAGUGAAUUCUGCUGACAAUUUGUCAGUAUAUCCCACAGUGUCAGAAGAACCAGUAGAAAAUAAGGAGAGAAAGGGGGAUAAUUUACAACCAGUUACUGUAAUACUUUCUAAAGAAAAUUGCACCCUUGAGAUUGCAGAGGAAAUUAAUGUGACCUCUGAUUUUCCCUUCGAUUCUGUAAUUGAGGAAGUAUCACCACCUUCUAGCCCUGAACCUCCAGUACCAGUUAAAGAGACACGGCCAUACCAGGCUGUGACUCCAUGCAUUUUAAACCUUCAUGGCACACAGUGUGAGAAGAGCAACCGAAUCUCCCAGCGUGUGUCAGAAGACUUAGGCAUAACAGAGAAAGAAAAAUGUUUUGUUGGUCCUGCCCAUCCCGUGGGGCAAGAUAACUUUACCCAGGUACAACAAAUGCAGGUCUCUGCUGAAAUGCCUCUAAUAUUAACUGAUCAUCCAGGAAGAACAGGUAGACCAACCUUUCCUGGUAAAGUAACUGAGGACAUGGUCUCAAGUGAGCAUGAUGAGGGUUUAUCUUUCUCAGGAAAGGUGCAGUGCUAUGGUAGGGAGUUAAACCAGCCUGCCUCAGCUGCCGAAUACACAGGUGACUUCAGUCCUUCUGAAAAACUGGUAAAAUCAGGAAUUCCAUUGCAGCCAAUUAGAGUAGAAAACAGAAAUUUGGACUUAAAACAUCUUGUCUUGGAGUCCAGUGAACCUCCAUUUAGUCCUAGAAAUGUUACUGAAAAUAUGUCUUUGUCUGACACAUUGGUUUCCACAGCUGCACCAAGUGGUGUAGUAAAACAGCAGACUAGCCCUAAAAGCAGUCAGAACAAUCUCUUUACCAGUGACUUGAAAACAGAUGAAGGCAUUUAUCUGCAGGUGAAGUCCUUGACAACUGCCUCAGUUGAUGGAGCUUAUUCUACACAGGGAUGCUUGUGCUCAGUGGUCCCCACACUUUGUUCUUCCUCAGACAGUGCUACAUUAACCCAUUAUGUAAGACCAAUAAAUGCAGAGCCAGCAUUUCAAGCUCAGGAAAUACCAGCAGUCAGAAUGGCCAGUUUGCUUAAGAAGGAUGAAACUGAAGCUGAGUUACAUAAAGAAAUCACAGGUCUAGGCACUGCUGGCCCUCAGUCCAACACCAAAUCUUCUCUAAAAGGCGAACGCAAAGCCAUCCACACGCUGCAAGAUGUGUCAACAUGUGAAACAAAGGAGCUGUUGAAUGUUGGGGUUUCCUCCCUUUGUGCUAGUCCCUACCAAAAUACAGCAGACACCAGGGAAAAUCUCAGUAAAGAGCCUUUGGCCUCCUUUGUUUCAGAAUCCUUUGAUACUUCUGUUUGUGGAAUAUCCACAGAGCACAUAGAAAUUGAGAACAGUGGGGAGGGCCUCAGGGCUCAGGCUGGUUCUGAAACCCUAGGCAGAGAUGCAGAGGUCAGUGGGAAUUCGGACAUGCACUAUGAACUGCUUUCUGGAGAUUCUGAUCUAGACCUGAUUGGUGAUUGUAGAAAUCCCAAAUGCGAUUUGGAGGAUUCUUGUACUUUAAGAGGUAGUUACACCAGGAAAAAAGAAGAUGUUCUCACAGAUGGCUGUGUGUCAUCGUUGAACUUCCACAACCACCACCAAGGGGACUGGGGCUGCUCUAGCCAGGUUCCAGGCAUGGAGACGGGCCUCCCUCCCGGGCACUGGACCACUAGGGUAAAGAAAGAAGAGAAGUGUGUGCCACCUUAUGUCCAAAUCCAAGAUCUCCACGGGAUCCUCAGGACUUACGCCAACUUCUCUGUAACAAAAGAGCUCAGAGACACCAUGAGAACUUCACACAGCCUGAGGAGGCACCCGAGUUUCACUGCAAACUGUGACCUGCCCAGCUCCUGGACAAACACUUGGCAGGUGGCAGACGACCUCACCCAGAACACUUUGGACCUGGAGUAUCUGCGUUUUGCACAUAAGCUAAAACAGACCAUAAAGAAUUGGGAUUCUCAGCAUUCUGCCUCCUCCGCCAAUGUCUUCCCAAAGGAGUUACCGACCCAGAUCUCCAUUGGUGCUUUCCCUUUGACAAAAAUAUCUGAGGCCCCAAUUCUGCAUCCUGCACCUAGGAGCAGAAGCCCCCUUCUGGUAACAGUUGUGGAGUCAGAUCCCAGACCACAGGGGCAGCCCAGGAGAGGCUACACAGCCAGCAAUCUGGACAACUCUUCCUCUUGGAGAGAGAGAGAUAGUCAUAAUAGAGAUCUUACAAAUUCUCAAAGAAAUCAGACUGUUUCAUUCCACCUUAACAAACUGAAAUACAACAGUACUUUGAAGGAAUCUCGGAAUGAUAUCUCACUUAUUCUCAGUGAGUAUGCCGAAUUCAACAAGGUAAUGAAGAAUAGCAGCCAAGUCGUUUUCCAAGACAAAGAGCUAAAUGAUGCUUCUGGAGAAGCCACUGCUCAAGUGAUGUAUCUGCCUUUCCCAAGACGGUCAAUCUCCUUUGAAGACAUAAUCAUAGACUUGUGCACCAAUUUGCAUAUCAAACUAAGAAGUGUUGUGAAAGAGGCUUGUAAAAGUACCUUCCUGUUCUACCUUGUCGAAACAGAAGACAAAUCAUUCUUUGUAAGAACAAAGAACCUUCUGAGGAAAGGAGGCCAUAUGGAAAUUGAACCUCAGCACUUCUGUCAAGCUUUCCACAGAGAGGAUGAUACACUAAUCAUCAUCAUCAGAAAUGAAGAUAUAUCAUCACAUUUGCAUCAGAUUCCUUCUUUGCUGAAGCUGAAGCAUUUCCCCAGUGUCAUCUUCGCUGGAGUAGACAGCCCUGGAGAUGUUCUUGAUCACACCUACCAAGAACUGUUUCGUGCGGGAGGCUUUGUAAUAACAGAUGACAAGAUAUUAGAAGCCGUAACAUUAGUUCAACUGAAGGAAAUUAUCAAAAUCCUGGAAAAACUAAAUGGAAAUGGAAAAUGGAAGUGGUUGCUUCACUACAGGGAAAAUAAAAAGCUAAAAGAAGAUGAAAGAGUGGAUUCAACUGCACAUAAAAAGAACAUGAUGUUGAAGUCAUUUCAGAGUGCAAAUAUCAUUGAAUUGCUUCAUUAUCACCAGUGUGACUCUCGAUCAUCAACAAAAGCAGAAGUUUUGAAAUGUUUGCUAAACCUGCAAAUUCAGCAUAUUGAAGCCAGGUUUGCUGUCUUCCUAACAGACAAGCCUACUAUCCCCAGAGAAGUCUUUGAAAAUAGUGGAAUCCUUGUUACAGAUGUAAAUAACUUUAUAGAAAACAUAGAAAAAGUAGCAGCUCCAUUUAGGAGUAGCUAUUGGUGACUCAACUACAGCCUGCCUGGAUAUGGAUGAUGCCAAUAAAAAAUUAGUAUUUUUCCCUUUGGAAAACUUGUGAACAUGUGAAUACACAUGUGAACAGUCUUAUAUUUGAAAAAUCAAUGUUCUACAACCUGGAAAGUUUUCAUUUUUUGUAUUUUGCUGAAAUAUGUCACAGUGGCAUUGUGGUUGUCUGUUGUCUUUGGGUUGCAGUGCUAGAUACUGUUUUAAAUUAUUUCCAUUUUAAACAAGAUGCCUUCUAAGCUAUUAAGCUUAAUAUUAAAAAUAAGAAUUUUGCAACAAUGUUUACUUAGUUGGAGCAAAAAUAAGUCUAUUUUAACAAAUAGCUUUGUUUUUGCAUGCUAAUGUCAGAAAGGCCUAUGAUGCACAUUGUGCUCUGUUUUAAAGGUUUUACCAUCCUUGUAAAAACUAUAAUCUUAAAUGGUUUUAUUUGCUGUUAUACAAACAACACUACAUAAACUUAAAACAUUUUUUCCUAAAUGGUACAAAUUUAUAAACUAUCAUUUUUCACUUACGGUAUGUGUAAAUACUACACUACAAAAAUCAGCUUUCUGAGAAAGAAAUAAUCAUUUAUUUAUGAUACUGAAAAUUUCUACAGUAAAAACUCAAAACCACGCAAAAAAACAUUUGUAAGAUACAUGGUAUCUAUUUGGAGCAAAGGCUUUUUUGUAACUAAUUUGUUUCAUUUUUUAAAUAAAGAGAACUAAAAA